UUGUCACAGUGGAAGGGAGGUUCGGCUCCUGUAGAAUAGUUUGUUUCGCGUACGGUUUUACAUUGACCUUCAAAAAUAGUAUCAAUUAAAUAAAUCGUAUGUGAGUGUGCCAUACCAUAACAGUGAUCUGCGUAUCUUUGAAAAUUCCACAAUAUUAGGAUGUAUGCGUAAUAUGCAGAUGACCACCUCCUGACAGAAUGUCUGCCUUUGAGAAGCUAAAGCUCCUCAUUUGGAAAAAUUUUCUUUUACAAAGGAGACACAAAUGGCAAACAGCUUUUGAAAUUGCAUCACCUGUGAUAUUUUCUUUAUUUCUAAUUCUAACAAGAUGCCUAGUGGACCCAAAAGCAAAACCAGAUAUAAGUUAUCCUCCAUUUCUCCCAACAUAUUUCAACCUAACUGGAAGAAGUUUAGGCAAUCUCACAACAACAAAAUCAGGAACUCUAGCAUUCUCCCCUGAAAACCCUCUUACUAGAAAGGUAACUAAGGAUGCCAUUGCAAUGGUAGCUGAUGAUAAUUUUAGCAUACUUUUUGCUCUUCUAUUUGAUUCAAAUGUUUUACCUCAACCCAAAGGCUACAAAAAUGCUAAAGAAAUGGAAUUAGCUCUUACUCAACCUAAUGCAAUGAACCAAAUUCUUGUUGGAAUCCAAUUUGAUGACAGUAUGGCAAAUGCUACAGAAUGGCCAGAUGACAUAACUCUAACACUAAGAUUCCCAGCUGUGAUGAGAACUCCGAUGGUGGAGCACCCACUUAGGGCUAGUUGGCGUACGAAUUUAUUGUAUCCGUUGUUCCCGCGCCCUGGUCCCCGUGAUCCCGACGACAUGUACGGUGGAAAAACACCAGGAUAUUCGCCAGAAAUGUUCUUAGCGGUUCAGCAUGCUAUAUCACAGGAAAUUAUAAAACAGAAAGCCGGGAAGCCGAUAGGUACGAAAGUUUACCUACAACGUCUACCUCAACUUGCAUACAGGGAAGAUCAAUUGUUAGUGGCACUUGAAAGAUUCAUAUCAAUGAUAAUCAUGCUCUGCUUCGCGUAUUCCUUCGUCAACACUGUCAGGGUCGUAACAUUCGAGAAAGAGUUACAGUUGAAGGAAACUAUGACAAUAAUGGGCCUUCCAUCGUGGUUACAUUGGUUGGCAUGGUUCAUCAAACAGUUUUCGUUCCUGCUGAUAUCUGUUGCCCUUAUUGUUAUCCUGUUCAAGACACCAUUCAACCGGACGCAGGCUGGCGACGGUUAUUCUGUACUUACAUUUACACCAUGGAGCGUCCUUUUUUUCUUUAUGAUCUUGUUCGUCAUCGCCUCAUUAUCAUUUUCUUUUAUGGUCAGCGUCUUCUUUUCUCGAGCCAAUACAGCUGCAUCGUUUAUGGGCCUGGCCUGGUUCGCCGCGUACUCUGUUUACAUGUUGACCCAAGUACUUUACGAAGACAUAAGUCUGACAACGAAACUGUUAUUAAGUCUAAUAUCAAACACUGCUAUGGGAUAUGCGUUCCAAAUUAUCAUCAUGUGUGAAGGAACUUCUAAAGGUCUACAAUGGGAUGAGUUCUUUACUCCGAUAUCAUACCAGGAUCAACUUCAGCCGGGCCAUAUAGCUCUAAUGCUGAUACUCGACUCGAUACUCUACAUGUUGAUAGCGAUGUAUGUCGAGAAGAUAAGGCCAGGGCUCUAUGGAGUCCCGUUGCCCUGGUACUUCCCCUUGACGAGGAGCUUUUGGAAACCGAAAAAGCAUAAAGUGGCAGAGAUAACUGGGAAAGAUUCAAAUAAUCCGGAGUACAAUGAUGCUUUAUUGAAAGUCGUUCAUGACCACGACGAGGAACCGAAAGGCGUGCCAGUGGGCGUCAACAUACAGAAUUUAACGAAAAUAUACAAGGGUCGUAAAAAAGUCGUAGACAAUUUGAACCUGAGGAUGUAUGAGAACGAGAUCACCGUGUUAUUGGGUCACAAUGGCGCUGGGAAAACAACCACUAUAUCCAUGCUUACAGGCAUGGUUCCGCCCACAUCUGGGAAAGCGUACAUCAACGGCUACAAUAUAGUGACGGAAACUGGUCUAGCGCGCAAGUCACUCGGCAUCUGUCCACAACACAACGUACUGUUCCCAGACCUCACGGUCGCGGAACACAUCAUAUUUUAUUCAAGGCUAAAAGGUGUUCCGAAAAGUAAAAUCAAGGACGAAGUAAAUCAUUUCGUCAAACUCCUUGAAUUAGAACAAAAGCGAGACGUGACGUCUGACAAGUUGUCAGGCGGUCAGAAGCGGCGUUUGUCUGUUGGGGCUGCAAUGUGCGGUAACUCGCGCGUGGUACUGCUGGACGAGCCCACGUCCGGCCUUGACCCCGCCGCGCGCCGCGCAUUGUGGGACCUACUGCAGAAAGAAAAGAAAGGUCGCACAAUGAUACUGACUACACAUUUCAUGGACGAAGCCGACGUACUCGGUGAUCGAAUAGCAAUCAUGUCUGGGGGCCAACUACAGUGUGUAGGGACCCCUUACUUCCUCAAGAAACAUUACGGCAUCGGCUACAAAAUAACUAUUGUUAAAGGAGAAAACUGCAUACCUGAUGAUGUCACUAAGUUCUUCAAAACUUACGUGCCUGAUAUUAAGGAGAAUACUAAUAUAGGUUCGGAAUUAACAUACAUCUUGCCUAGUGACAAUGUUAGUAAAUUUCCGGAGAUGCUCAAAGCAUUUGAAGAUAAAAAGGAAUCUUUGUGUGUAUCUAGUUAUGGACUCUCAGUUACCAGCUUAGAGGAGGUUUUUAUGAAGGCAGGCGCAGAAGAUCUAGAAAGUUCGUCAGCGAAAAGUAAAAACCAUACCAAUUCUGGACCUUACAACGAAUGCGCAAUCGCACCUCUAGGCAACAACAUUCCGGAUAAUGAACCUAUACAAAAAGUGCGCGGAUUCAAACUUUUGCGGAAUCACAUAAAGGCAAUGUUUUUGAAAUUGGCUUAUAACACGAUGAGGAACAAACUGACUGCCUUAAUACAGUUCGUGACGCCUAUAAUUAAUAUCACAAUAUCGGUAGUGAUAGCUCGGUCCUGGAAAUUUUUGUCUCAAUUGCCGCCAUUGACCUUAAGUCUUGAAAGUGGGUUUGCACAGACAGAAACCUUGAUGUCCCAAGUCAACUUAACAGAUGGUAGUAUCGAAGCCAAAGCUAUGAUGGCAUAUAAGGAUUACUUUAAAACUUCUACGUACCCAGGAAUGUCACUAAACGAUUUAGGCACCAGUAAUUUAGGGAAAUUCUACUUAAAACUGAGCGCAGAUGAUCUCUCAAGGGUAAGAAAUGAAAUUCCCAUUGGUGCUACAUUUGGUGCGCGCAAUAUAACAGCUUGGUUCAGUAACUACGGAUACCAUGACUCAGCGAUAUCUUUGGCGCAUGUCAACAAUGCAAUCAUGAAAGCUAUGUCGCCUGGAAGCAACUUGAGAGUUAUCAACUACCCAUUGCCGUAUUCCAUUGAAAAUUUAGUGAAGGUCAUGGCUUCCGGCAGCAGUAUGGGAUUCCAGUUCGCAUUCAACAUCGGCUUUUGUAUGGCUUUCGUCACCGCUUUCUUAGUACUCUUCGUUAUUAAGGAGCGUAUAAGCGGCGCGAAACUUCUCCAACGUGUGUCAGGCGUGCGCCCCGCAGUCAUGUGGACAACUGCGCUCAUUUGGGACUGGUUCUGGCUGUUCCUCGUCUACCUCUGUAUUAUACUCACCCUCGCUUGCUUUCAAGAAAGCACUUUAUCUUCACCUGCUGAACUAGGCAGGGUCCUUCUAGUCUUAAUGGUGUUCUCAAUAGCCACAAUACCACUACACUACCUCGCAUCAUUCUUCUUCGAAGCAGCUGCUACUGGCUUCUCGAAAAUGUGCUUCAUGAAUAUAUUCACGGGUUGCAUGCCAUUUUUAAUCAUCGAAUUAUUGAGAUUACCUGAAGUAGGCAGUCCGUUUUACGCUCAUCUGUUCGACUGGAUUUUUUCUCCGUUGCCUAUUUACUGCAUCAGUAGAAGUUUCAGGGACAUGAGUGUAUCAUCGUUCUCAAUGAUGGCGUGCGAUGGUCUCUGCGACCAAUUGAAGAUUGACAACUGUACGCGUCACACAAUCUGCAAGCAGCUGAAACUCUCCGUGUGUUGUAUUGAAGAUGAUCCGUACAUGAGAUGGGAAGAGCCGGGCAUUGGAAGAUAUCUGUUCAUGAUGAGCAUGGUUGGAAUCUUAUCGUUCAUGAUAUUGCUCAUCAAGGAAUACGAGAUUUUGAACAAGGUAUUCUACUCUUCAAGCAACCAGCCAACACCGGCUGUAGGCAAAGGGGAUGAUGAUGUAGAAACAGAACGUCGCAGAGUCCAAGAGUUCACAAGACCCCAAGUAGCCCAGCACAGUCUUGUAUGCAGAGACCUUACUAAGUUCUACAAACAUUUCCUUGCUGUCAACAGACUUACUUUUGCCGUUAACAAGGGAGAGUGCUUUGGACUACUGGGUAUAAACGGUGCGGGCAAAACCACAACGUUCCGUAUGUUGACUGGCGACGCCCACAUCUCUGGCGGUGACGCAUACGUACACGGAAUGUCCAUCAAAACGCAUCUACAAGACGUCUAUAGACAUAUUGGUUACUGCCCGCAGUUUGAUGCCUUGUUUGAAAACCUCACGGGCCGCGAAACAUUGCGGAUAUUCUGUUUACUGCGCGGCAUACCGUCUGCUGUCGGUAAUGCUCGAGCAUUACAUCUUGCCACUUCACUCGGAUUCUUAAGGCAUUACGAUAAAAAGGUAUUUGCGUGUAGCGGAGGGACUAAAAGAAAAAUUAGCACAGCUGUGGCAUUGCUUGGUGAUGCACCAUUAGUGUUCCUCGAUGAGCCGACUACAGGUAUGGAUCCCGCAUCGAAGCGACUAGUAUGGACGUGUAUAAGCGAGGCAGUGAUAGCGGGGCGCAGUAUAGUGCUGACGUCACACAGUAUGGAGGAAUGUGAAGCUCUGUGCUCGCGACUCACUGUCAUGGUCAACGGACAGUUCUACUGCCUCGGACCUCUACAGCAUUUGAAGAAUAAGUUCUCACAAGGAUACACAUUAAUAGUUAAAUGUAAAUCUGGCGUAGAUAGGGAUAACGCCGUGAUCAAGAUCAAAAAUUAUAUUAUCGACAACUUUAAUGAUUCGAGACUUAUCGAGUCAUAUUUGGGUAUUAGCACAUUUUAUAUCAACGAUGCUGGAUUGCCAUGGUGGCGAAUAUUCGAUAUUAUGGAAGAAGCGCGGAAACAGUUCCCAAUAGAGGACUACUCCGUAGCACAGACUACGCUAGAACAGGUAUUCCUACAAUUUACAAGAAUGCAGGGCAACACAGAGGCUUAACCCCUCAAGGGAAUAUUAAUUUAAUCGUUAGGUUCAGGGUAAACUACAAGACAAGAGAUCUGGAUCGAAUUACUGCGCGCUUAAUCGACAAUAGAUUUUUUGAGUUUUUGAAGGACAGGAAGGAGAAGGAAAAACUCAAUAAUAAAGUCUCGAUUUUUAUAUAAAACUCUUAGACUAGUGUCGUUUACAACUGAUAACUUUUUUUUACUUUUUCAUAUACUCAGCAUAAACUUUGUAAUAUUUUCAUCUAUAGUCGACAAGAUAUUUUGUAAGAUCGAAAGGUAAAUACGGACAUUGAGACUCAAUAGUACUUAACGAUGAAUAAUACAAAUAGUUAUUACGACUCCAUUUUGAAUGUUCAAUAUUUUAUAUGAAAAAAUUAACUUAAGAUAAUUGUAGUUACAAUUGUACCGUUAAAUGUUGUUGUUGAUGUGUUUGGAUGUGUAUUUAAUGCAUAAAAUAUAGUCUAUGCAAUGUAAGUUCUACUUGUAAAAUACGAGCUCUUAUAGUUUGCCGCAAAACGUUACAUAAUUCACACGCAUCUGCUUAAGAUCAUUAAGCAUUUUAUUCGGAAUGUAACGGCAAACAUUGUACUUAAAAGUGUUCUUCUCUUUUGGAAGAAACUAAUACUUUCACUAAAGCUUCGUGCUAUUUUAGUAAUCUCAGAAUCAUGCCUCAAAUGUUCGUAGAAUUACUAUCGAGUAAACGUAAGUCAUUGACCACACCAUUCCAGUUUUCGUACAAUAGAAACGUUAGAAAUAAAUGUUUUGUCUCAAAAUACUCCCAACCUGUAAUGAUCUGUUAAUAUUUAAGUUAAUAAAUAUCGAAUAUACAUUUUAUGUACAACUGUAUUUUACUUAGAGUACGUCUUAAAUGAAAGCACUAUAAAUUGUCGCAUUCACUUCGUAUCGUAUUUUUGCCGUUUUUUCAUAAGUGAUGUGUGAUUUUGUAUGUUAAAAUUUAGUUACAACUAAAUAAGGUUCUUUGUUCUGAUUUGGAAUCCAAACAAUGCACUAUUUCAUUAUGAGGUGCCUGUUAAGUACUUAUUUUAGUGAGAUAUAAUUAAUAUUAUGGUGCUUGUCCUAUUAGGAGAGUAAAUAGGUCGUAUGAUGGCCUUUUUGGCAGCUACAGAAAUGAAUUGUGACUCAUAUAACGAUAUUUUACCAUUUCCUAUGUUUUUUUUUUUCAUUUCUGUAUUCUAAGUAACAUUUUAAUACCAAAGGAAGUCUCAAUGAACUUGAAAGAUUUAAAGUAACUUUUAUAACUGUCGUGUUAUAAAAUGUAUUAACGACUUGCCACUUUGUUAAUUAAUUUUGUAUCUUCUAAGGAAAUCUAUAUUUAUAGUCUUGUCACAAUCUUAUUGUACCUAUUUAACUCGUCGAGUACCGGUUUUGUAGACACAAUUAUAAAACAAUAGGUUGCGGUCACCGGUGACCGCUUGGUGUUUGACAGUUUAAGGUAGUUAACAGUAUCAGUAUCAGUAAUACUUAUUUAUAAUUACUUGAAUUAAUCCAUUAAAGUGAUGGCCUAAUUUAUCAACUGACAAAAAAUGCCUAAUUUGCGCCAAAUUAUGUUCUAUUUUCAAUCAUUAUAAUCUUUUCUUAAGAUCUGAAAAAUGUCCGUAGAAGUAAUUAUAAAUAAUACAAGUACAAACAGUAAUCACAGUUGUGGGUAUAUAAUACAUCGGCAAAUGUUCAGGGAUAGUGCAAAUCCACGAAUCUAUUAUACGUAAAGGCCGCGUAUCUGCAAUAGGUCUAGUUUUACAGGGGAUGGUUAAAACUCAUGAAUUUGAAGCUCAUUUUCACAUAUUAAAAACUAGCUACUUCUGCGCGGUUUCACACGCUCUGCUCAGCUCUUAUAGGAGCUCCUAUAGGCUAUAAA